AUGCCGCUGAUGCCAUCACCAAGGGAUACAGAGCAUUUCCUCCUUGGAACCUCUCCACUAGGAGCAAGGGUAAUACCUCAUGUCGCAAUGCCAAAAUUACGUAAGAGAAGGAGGAUAGAAGAUGCAGAGUCCGCCACACCGCUGGCUAUUGGAUACUGGGGCAAACCACCAACGCUAGAGGGCGCCAAAUUCGAUUUUCUUUGCAUCCAUGCAACUCUACGAUCACUCAAACCAGAUGGUCCAACAUUCAAAGAGGUUUUCAUGGUCGAUUCUGGGAGUGACGUAGUGACGGCGCGUCAAGAGAUUUUAAACCGGUUAGAUCUGGAGCUAAUCGGUACGAUCCAGAGCAGAGGAGUUCAUACCACCGUCGAGAAGCAACUAUAUAAAGCAAUGCUUGUCAUAGGCAAUCAUGAGGUUGAAAUUGAGAUCAUGGCUGAGCCAUACGAGUCCAUUGGAAACCGUGUCAUGAGGCACUUUCGUCACGUGAUAGACAGCACGGUACACUAUUGGUUGCCUGAAAACCGACUAGAACCUUCCGAAGGCAUGACGGCAAGCAGCCGAAGUGACCCGAAUACCAGCGGCGAGUCGGGCGAAACUUCGGGUACGCCCGAAUCAGACGAGGAAAAAGCCGAAGAAGAGGAAGAGGAUGAGAAUGACGAGGAGGAUGAAGAGGAGAAUGAUGGCGGAGCUUCUCCUGGUGAUGUUGUAGAUGAAGGGGACGAGGAGGAGGAAGAGGGAGAAGGCGGAGUGGAAAACGGUGCUCAAGAGGCUGUUGGGAAUCAGGGAGACCCGUAAGGGGUCAUCAAAAGACCAAACUACUGACGGGUAACGAGUUUGAUAGAGAAGUCAUGUAGUCAAGAUAAAGGGUGCCAAAACCCGUUCAGUUCAUAGAAAUUCACUUCAUAUUCAUGAACUGAAGAAGGACAGGGGUUAGAUAUUUACUCUAUCAACUAAUGGAUGAUUACUGUCUCGCGUGAUUAUGAGUACAAUCCUGAAAGUAAGGGCCAUGAACGUGGGUUUAUUUAAUAUUGUCUCAUCAAAACAAACUUAGGCUAGAUAAUUUGUGGAGAUUUUAAUUUGAGGAACGCCGAUAAUGAAGAAACGAUAAAGGUGGUCCCGUUGGUAACGCAUUAGUAUUUCCGUGGAUUGUUGACAUUAAGAAUGCACCAAAGGCACUAUAGGUAGCCAAUUAUAAUUUUUGAGUGAGAUCUAAAGUUGUUUAUGAAAAACAAUUGAACCAAAAAGGGUAUAAUUUUGAUGGGGAAUUGUAGAUGUAUGAGAAUAAUUAGAAAUGAUAUGAACUGAACGCAACGGACCAAUCAUUGUUUCUUAAUAAUCAGGAGAAUUGUAGCAGAUUGAAAAAUUAUCAAAUUUGAAACCUUGAGGAGAUGAUGUUCUCGCACUCAAGAAAUUUGAUUAGUUAUAGACCUUUGAUCAGUCUAUCUACAGUGCGUAUCAAAAAAAAGUUAACACUUUGAAAAAAUCCUGUAAAAUUAUAUAUUUGUAAUAUCCUGAAGAUUUUUUCACAUUUUAACAUUUGUUCAGAUCCAUUUAAGCAAAUGACGAUAUAACUGUCGAAAAAUAUUUCUGCUUGAGUGAGCACCACUUACUCUUGAAAAGUUAGUGAAAAAUGAUUUGCGCAGAAUUGUUUUAAUAGUUAUGCGAAUAAAAGUAGACCGUAAUCAUGAAGAACACGUGGAAUUUAGCUAGUAAAAUUGAUUUGAAGAUAUCUUUUACCUUUUUUAUUUGUUUCCUUGCCCAAAACACUUUGAAGAGUGCAUUGCGCCCCACCCCACUCCUCCACACACCGAGGCCAUCGUGACGAUAUUUGCUUUACACUGAGCUGUGAUUUACAUGAAAUGGCUUAGGCUUAAAUUUCAUUUUGUUAAUCAUUGUCAAGCUUGGGAAAAGUGUGGAGAAACAAGUAUUAAAUGAAAAAUGAAAUGUAAACCCACUUUAAAUGAGAAAAACUUGCUGGAGAUGUCUGAUAUAAAUUUUGUUCAGAUUCAGUUAUGUCCUCAGAUCCAGCUGGCACAAAAAGGGUAAAGGUUGUGCUUACUAAGUGAAGAAAUUUCAAUUUGGGUGGCAAAAUUGUUACAAAAUGCUUGAAUGUAUCCGUUCUAUUUCAAUUGACUAAAAGUGCAAGGGAAAUGUAUCAGAAAUGUUUCGCAGGGUAAGUUUGAUUUCGCCCUUUCCCCUUUGGUACAGCGUGAAAACAUUCUGUCAAAACUUUUACUUUCAUUGGAUAGAUGAGACCCAAACCAAAGAUUAUAUGUAAUAUGUGAUUUUUUAAUUCCCAGGGCUUUUUCAAAGUGUAAACUUUUUUUGAUACGCACUGUAUAAUGACGAUUUAAUCAGUUUUGAACCUAAAAAUAUAGUUGACGAUGCAUGACGAAAUUUAAAAUGCUAAAUCACCUUGCCAAAAUGCAAAUGAAAUAUGCCGACUUUUCUUUCUACUACCCCUCCCUGUACAAAAAAGGGAUGUGGUUAAAAUUGCACGAUUAUGUAAAAGCAAUCCUGAAGAAAAUAAUAUCGUGGCUCUAAAUUUGAUUCCUAUACUUAAUGAUGCACCAAAAUCGAAUAUUCGUAUAGAGAAGAGGGGUGCGCACCUUCUGUAAACGAAUAUUUCAAUUUGGCGGGGCAAUUAAUUAAUUGAAAAUGAUGCUUGAAGCUACCAGUCGAGAAAAUGGUGAGAAAUAAUGCGUUCAACCUUCUGCAGUUCAAUUUUUGACCAAAGUCCAGAGAGUGAGAACAAGGGAUUUUUCAUAAAACAUUUCAAUCUGAAAUCUGGCGUCAACAUUCACAGCAAAAACCGUGGUGUUAACCGGUGUACAUAGAGGACCACACCAGUUAUUUAACACCGGUGUUAAAUUGGUGGUGUUAGUUUUACACCUAUAGGUGUUAUUACAACACCUAUGGUUGUUACAUUUACACUCUUUGGUGUUAUGUUCAAUCUCUAGGGUGUUAUUUUAACACCUCAGGGUGUGGUCCUCUAUUAACACCAAUUGGUGUCAAUUUUAACACCAUUGUUUUUACAGUGUUAAUAACAUUCCCAUUCAUUGUCGAAGAUGAUCUGUGCAUUCACGUUAAUACGAUGAGACGUAUUUCAGUCUUCAUUUAACGUUCAUAUUGAUUUCAAACUUAUAGAUCAUCGAGAUAGGCCUUCAUUUUUUUUACGUAUUUAUUAUCAAUCGGUUGUCAGUGUCUCCGAUAAUGAUCGAAAGGAUGAGGUACUGAUUUUAAAAAAUAUAUAAACUGAUUCUGAUAAAUCCAUUUGAAUCCAUCAAACACUCUACUAUCCGUACUCUGAUUCUAUUUUUAUUUUCUCACUCAAUCCGGGUUUUAGUUUUAGCAUGUUUAGAUGGAUUCAUGUCAAAAAAAAAAACGAAGAUUAAAAAGUACUUCGAAUAUGAAUAUAAACACUGAGCUUGGUAAGUAGAUUACGUUGCAUUAUCCAUGUUAGACGUCACC